UGAAACGACCAUCCGUUGAACCCAGUUCAAGAUGGCAGCCCGAGUCCUUCAGAGAGUCCGCGGAGGCUUUGCUCCGGCUAAAGUCAGGGCUCUCCCAGCCGGACAGCUCAUGGGCUGUCACAGAGGGUUUGCAACAACCAGCAGCAGAGACAGAGAGGACAGCUGGUUCAAGUCUCUGUUCGUGAGGAAAGUGGAUCCCAGAAAAGAUGCCCACUCCACCUUGCUGACUAAAAAUGAGGAGAGCAACCUUUACAAAAUUCAGUUUCAUAAUGUGAAGCCAGAGUGCCUGGAUGCAUACAAUAAACUCUGUGAGGAUGUUUUGCCCUCCAUCCAUGCUGAUAAGUUCUACCCCUGUGAGCUGGUGGGGACCUGGAAUACCUGGUAUGGAGAACAAGACCAGGCUGUUCAUCUGUGGCGUUAUAGAGGCGGCUAUCCAGCUCUGACCGAGGUGAUGAACAAGCUCAGGCAGAACCAGGAGUUCACAAAGUACAGAUUGGAGCGAGGGAAGAUGCUGCUGUCUCGCAGGAAUCAGCUCCUGCUGGAGUUCAGCUUUUGGAAUGAGCCUGUGCCCCGAGAAGGCCCCAACAUCUACGAGCUCAGGUCCUACCAGCUCAGGCCAGGAACCAUGAUCGAGUGGGGUAAUUACUGGGCCAGAGCGAUCAAAUAUCGCCAGGGCAACAGCGAGGCAGUGGGGGGGUUCUUCUCCCAGAUCGGUGACCUCUACAUGGUCCAUCAUCUUUGGGCUUACAAAGACCUUCAGUCCAGAGAAGACACCAGGAACGCCGUGUGGCACCAGGAGGGCUGGCACGAGGUGGUUUACUACACAGUGCCGCUCAUUCAGCGCAUGGAUUCGAGGAUCAUGAUCCCAACAAAGGCCUCCCCGCUGCAGUGAAACAAGCCUUUUCUGAACGUUGCAUCCAUCCCGAGAGUCGCCAUCGUGGGUCCAACCUUCUGUCAGUGCUACCAAACAACACCCACCUCUUUGUUGUUUCUUUCAUCGCCUUUUUUUACUUGUACUGUUUCACUCCUCGGACAAAGGAGCGACGAUAAACGCUCCUUAUCUGCGAUUAGAAUAAAUGUUGAAAGGUAGCUGCUGAGGCGCACGAGCUUUUCUAUUUUUAGGGUCUGAAACGGGACAAGUAAAUUAGACCCGGUUUAAACCCAGUGAUGGUCGUCGUGUGCAGCACCACAGUAUAACUGGCCCCAAGGUGAGAAUUUAUCGCUCAACUUUCAACAAACCAAAGUUACUUGAACAGAAGAACUCCAAUUAGAAGCUGCAGUGUAUUACACAACGAUAGUAAUAGCAUUUAUUUAUUUAUUAUACAUUUAGAGUGUGUAGUGUUUAAAUGUGCUAAGGAGUAUCAUCACUGAUUUUUUUAAAUGGUCUGUAUAGUUCAAAAAAUGUUGCCACUCGAGAUGACAAGAUUCUCAGUCGUCCAGGUCAUGAUCGAUUCAAAAAACGGUUAAUAUACUAAAACUGGGCUUUUAUUCUGAAGGUGAAGACGUUUCACUUCGGGAGGCUUUAACAACUCCAGACAUGUUGGAGCUGAUAAAGCGAAACCUCUUCAGCUUCAGAAUAGAAGUGCAGUUUUUAUUUUAUUUAACAGAGCAGGUAUAAUUUUAUAUUUGCAAUGUAUUCUACACAAACACUUUGUUUCCUCCUCUUUACGUUCCCUGUUGAAGUGAUGUUUAAAGUUUCCCAGUGCUGUGUUUGUUCUUUAUCCUGUAACAGCAUGCCUGGUGUUAAAAUCAGUUUAGUGAAGCUGCGAGGUGGACAGUCAAACUGUAAUAAUGGACGGUUUGUUACCGAGGGAACGACGUUUAACUUCUGUUUUUAUUUUAAGAUUUGUUCAACAGGCACUAAUGUUCAAAGAUGGUAAAGAGGGACAAUAAAUAAAG